AUGGGGUCGUACGUCCCCCCGCACCUCCGCGGCCGCGGGCCAGUUGGCGGGGGAGAUUUUGCGCAACCUCCGGGGAUGCCGGGGAUGGGCCAACCGGGAGCCCCCGGCCCUGCGCCGGUAGUAUCCUGGAAUGCGCCGGCGGGGGGAGCUGGCGGAUCGUGGGCGGAUCAGGCAGGCGCGGCGGGUCCAGCAUACGGGGGACCUCCGCCGGGCGGCGCAUGGAACGGCGGAGCUUCAGGCGGAGGCGGCUGGGGCGGCGGAGGAUACGGGGGGGGAGGCGGAGGCGCGUGGCAAGGCGGGGGUGGCGGAGGAGGGUACGGCGGCGGCCGAGGGGGAUAUGGCGGCGGGAGACGGGGCGGCGGCGGCGGCGGCGGCGGCGGAGGGCCGUUGGGAGGGUUUAGCGGGUCAGGCGGCGGGCGGGAGGAGGAUCCGUUCUCGACGCAGACAAAGAAGGAUUCAGAGGCGGUGUUUGAGAACCACCAGAACACGGGCAUUAACUUCGACGCGUACGAGGAUAUCCCCGUCGAAACCAGCGGCGACAAUGUUCCCCCCCCGAUCACCGCUUUCGACGGAUCGGGGCUCCAGCCCGCGGUGAUGGAGAACGUGAAGCGGUGCAACUACUCCAACCCCACGCCCGUGCAGCGGCACGCCAUCCCCAUCUCGCUCGCGGGCCGCGACCUCAUGGCGUGCGCGCAGACGGGCUCCGGCAAGACCGCCGCCUUCUGCCUGCCCAUCAUCUCCGGCAUCCUCGCCUCCGGCCCGCCGCCCGACCGCCCCCGCUUUGGCCGCAAAGCGUUCCCGCUCGCGUUGAUUCUCUCGCCCACGCGCGAGCUCACCAGCCAGAUCCACGCGGAGGCCUGCAAGUUCGCCUACAAGACCGGCCUGCGCGCCGUCGUCGUUUAUGGGGGUGCCCCUGCCGGCCAGCAGAUGCGGGAGCUGGAGAGGGGAGUUGAAAUUUUGGUCGCCACGCCUGGAAGGCUGUGCGACAUGCUCGAACGUGGCAAGGUGUCCAUCACAAUGGUGCGCUAUCUGGCUCUCGACGAGGCCGACCGCAUGCUGGACAUGGGCUUUGAGCCGCAGAUCCGGCGCAUCGUGGAGCAGGAGGGCAUGCCGCGUGCGGGGCAGCGGCAGACGCUCAUGUUCUCCGCCACCUUCCCCAAGGAGAUCCAGCGCCUCGCCGCCGACUUCCUCUGCAACUACGUGUUCCUCACUGUGGGGCGCGUGGGGUCGUCCACGGACCUCAUUCAGCAGCGCGUGGAGUACGUGCCCGAGCACGACAAGCGGUCGGUUCUCAUGGACCUCAUUCACGCUCACCACACCUCCAAUGGCGCUACUGGCAAUGCGGGCGGGCUGACGCUGGUCUUUGUGGAGACCAAGAAGGGGGCCGACUCCCUCGAGGACUGGCUGUGUCGCAACGGAUUCCCAGCCACGUCCAUCCACGGCGACCGCUCGCAGCAGGAGCGCGAGUCCGCCCUGCGCUCCUUCCGCUCCGGCCGCACGCCCAUCCUCGUCGCCACAGACGUGGCGGCGCGCGGGCUGGACAUCCCGCACGUGAGCCACGUGAUCAACUACGACCUGCCCUCCGACAUCGACGACUACGUGCACCGCAUCGGCCGCACCGGGCGCGCGGGGAAGACCGGGCUGGCGACGGCGUUUUUCUGCGACAAGGACACGAACCUGGCACGAUCGCUGAUUGAGUUGAUGAGUGAGGCCAAUCAGGAGGUGCCCGGGUGGUUGCAGAAUUUCGCGACGCGGUCGGGGUAUGGUGGGGGGAAGAGCAGACGAGGCGGGGGUGGGAACCGGUUUGGAGGGAGGGAUUUCAGGAAGGACAGAGGGGGAGGCGGAGGGGGGUAUGGAGGGGGUGGGUAUGGCAGUGGCGGGUAUGGAGGUGGGGGAGGGUACGGGGGUGGGUAUGGUGGAGGAGGGGGGUAUGGCGGUGGUGGUUAUGGUGGCGGUGGUGGUGGGUACAGCAACGCUCCCCCUAGCGCCUGGGACUAG